AUGGUGCCACCUAAAGGUUUUAUCCUGUCAGACCGAGAAGAAGAGACAUUAACUUCUUCCACAAGAUGUGGCAUUUAUCUUGAUCAUAACUUAAAUAUGGAUAAUGAAACCACACUGACUUACUUUCUGCUCCUGGAAUUCUCAAAAGAUAGACAUCUGCAGCUUCUACAUUUCUUCUUAUUCUUCAUAUUAUACCUGGCAACUGCAACAACAAAUCUGUUCAUCAUCUCUGUAGUAGCUUUGGACCGUCGACUGCACAACCCAAUGUACUUCUUUCUAGUGAAUUUGGCAGUGCAGGAUGUGGGAAUUGUUUCAAUCAUUGUCCCCAAAUCCAUGAUAAAUUCUCUCAUGGAUACCAGACACAUCUCUUACUUUAGUUGCCUUGCACAAGUCUUUAUCUUUGCCUGUUUUGAAGCUUCUGAUUUGUUCAUCCUGACAGUCAUGGCAUAUGAUCGAUAUGUUGCCAUUUGCAAUCCAUUGCACUAUGAGAUGGUGAUGAAUUGGAAAGCCUGCACCAAAAUGGUGAUUCUGGUGUGGCUUACAAGUCUUCUCUAUGGAAUGUUGCAUACCAUUGUCACCUUUUCCAUCCCUUUCUGUUCUAAUGUUAUCAACCAGUUUUUCUGUGAAAUUCCACAAUUGCUAAGGCUAUCCUGCUCUGGAUUCAGUGAAACUGAAGUGGGAUUUCUUGUGGUCAGUGUCAUAGCAGGAGUGGGUUGCUUUAUUUUUAUCAUCGUCUCUUACACCAUGAUUUUCAAGGCAGUGUUGAGAAUUCCUUCUGUGAAAGGAAGGCAGAAGACCUUCUCCACUUGUCUUCCCCACCUGAUAGUCUUUUCUGUGUUUUUCGUAACAGUAUGCUCGGCCUAUCUGAGACCCCCCUCUAGCACUCCAAGUUACUUUGAUUUCACAUUAACUGCCCUAUAUUGUUUACUUCCACCCCUGUUCAAUCCAAUCAUCUACAGCAUAAGAAAUAAGAAUAUCAAAUCUGUCCUGUCUAAAUUACGGAGAUUCUGA